AUGAAUCCUCCAAAGGGUAGUGUACCGAGUUUUGAACACCCUCUUCUAGAGAUGGCUUCUGUCCGGUCGUACUUUGAGCCCUUUGGCGCAGGGAAUGCUGGCCGCAAUAGUCCUGCAUCCUCCAGCAAGAGACCAACCCGAAUUCUGAUGCUCCACGGACAUGGUCAGUCGGGCCAAUUCUUUUACCACAAGACAACACGCCUGGUGGAAGCCUUACAUGAAAUCGCCCUCGAGAGAGACGCGAGACGCUGCUCGGAGCGCAUCGAGCUCUUCUAUGUCAACGGUCCCCUAUCAGCCGGCUAG